AUGCUCAGCCUCAAGCUACCCCAACUUCUUCAAGUCCACCAGGUCCCUCGGGUGUUCUGGGAAGAUGGCAUCAUGUCUGGCUACCGCUGCCCCACCAGCUCGGCCUUGGACUGUGUCCUCAGCUCCUUCCAACUGACCAAUGAGACAGUCAACAUCUGGACUCACUUCCUGCCCACCUGGUACUUCCUGUGGCGCCUCCUGGCGCUGGUGGGCGGCCCGAGCUUCCGCGCAGAGCCCUACCACUGGCCCUUGCUCGUCUUCCUGCUGCCCGCCUGCCUCUACCCUUUUGCGUCGUGCUGCGCGCACACCUUCAGCUCCAUGUCGGCGCGUGCGCGACACAUCUGCUACUUCCUGGACUACGGCGCGCUCAGCCUCUACAGCCUGGGUUCCGCCUUCCCCUAUGCCGCCUACUCCAUGCCGGCCUCCUGGCUGCACAGCCGCCUGCACCAGCUUUUUGUACCCACCGCCGCGCUCAACUCCUUCCUGUGUACCGGCCUCUCCUGCUACUCGCGGUUCCCAGAGUUAGAGAGCCCUCGACUCAGCAAGGUUCUGCGCACGGCUGCCUUUGCCUACCCCUUCCUGUUCGACAACCUGCCGCUCUUCUACCGGCUGGGGCUGUGCUGGAGCAGGGGCCCCACUUGUGGGCAGGAGGCACUGAGCCCCAGCCAUGCCUAUCACCUGCUCUGUGCAUUGCUCACUGGCUUUCUCUUCACCUCCCACCUGCCAGAAAGGCUGGCCCCCGGGCGCUUCGACUACAUUGGUCACAGCCACCAGCUGUUUCAUGUCUGUGCGGUGCUGGGCACCCACUUCCAGCUGGAGGCCGUGCUGGCUGACAUGGGAUCGCGCCGAGCCUGGCUGGCCUGGCAGGAAGCGCCGCUGGGCCUGGCUGGCUUGGUGGCCACACUGGGCCUGGCAGUGGCCGGAAACCUGCUCAUCAUUACCGCCUUCACAGCCUGGGUGCUUCGGGCCCCUGCCACCUGCCCCCUGCUGCAGGGCAGCCCGCCACUGCCACCACUGGGCAGGGGUUUUCAGACUAAGCACCAGUGAGACUGCGUCCCUGGGCCGCCUGGGCAAGGGGAACCGUGAGGGGCCAAAGGGAGGGCAGACAAGGGGAACAUCAGUGUGAAGGCGCUGGCA